GUGUCAAAUGAAAUAAAAUAGAAUUAUGGAUAGAAAUGGAUGUUUCUUUGAUUAUGAAAAAAUGUUGAAUUUGGCAAAUGAUUCACUGUCUCUAGUGGAUUAGUAGUUUAUAUUUACGUAAUAGAUGUUACAAAAGCUAAAUAUACAUAAAAGUUGUGUAUAAAUCUGAAGAUUUGACGUUAAGUUAAACAGUAAAUAAGACAAGCGAAAAAUGGAUGUUGUCGGCAGUGAAAUAGGGCAGAAAAUGCGGUCUGCCAUCAAAGCCAAACUUACGGAAUUAGGAUGUUAUGUUGAUGAUGAGUUGCCAGAUUAUGUGAUGGUGAUGGUAGCCAACAAACGAACCCGAGCUCAAAUGGAUGAAGAUCUCCAGCUGUUCCUAGGGGAUAAUACGGAGCUCUUUGUAAACUGGUUACAUCAGGUGCUUAAGAAGUUGCAGGAGGUACAAGUCACAGCUCCACUGAGAGUAGAAACUGAAAAGGUGAAAGAAAGAUCAAAAUCUAAGGAGAGGAAGCCCAAAGAGAAGAAAGAAAAAGAAAAACUAAAAAAGAGUGAUGCGGGUAAAAAAACAAAAAAGAAGGAGAAGGAAAAAACGCACAAAAAGAAGGAAGAUAAGAAAGUACAUAAGGAAAAAAGAAAGAAUAAACAUAAUGAAAGUAUCCGACCGAAUAUACCACCAAUGCUUAUGAAUAUGGAAAAACAUUCAGAGCCAUCAAUUACAGAUGUGUUUGCCGGACAGAUAUUAAAAAACCAUGGAAUAACAUUAGGUCAUAAACACGAUAUAACACAGAUUGAUGCACUUUUACUUAAAGAAAAGAAACCAAUUUUACCUAUAAUAGAUCCUGCGUCAAUACCAUCACAAUCAGAACCCUCACCAGAUGAGGAUGAUAAGAACGCUGCUAGAGAAGAACAAAUAAAAGAAGUACAUGACAUUGAAGCUAAAAUAAGCGGCUUGAAGAAGAAACUAGCAGACCAAUUGGAUACAAUGUCUGAAGAUGAAGACUUCCUCAAUAUUAGAACUGAAGCGGAAGAGCUUUUGAAUGAUUUUGCUGAAGAUGUAUUUCAGGAAAUUUCACAAACAGCACCAGUAACGACUCCGCCUCUCGAUUCUCGAAAGUCUCCGAUAUCACACGCUCCUGCACCACUAAUUCAAACUCCAAAAGUCCUUCCUAGAGACCUCCCAAAAGACACUUCCAAAAACAUAUCCAAGGAAUUAUCAAAAGAUUUGCUCAAAAAAACACCAAAAGAACCUGUUGAUAUUCUUCCCCAUAUCGAAUUAAAUCUGCCCAAAAGACCAAUUAGAGAGAGACUUGGAGUUCGUGGGACAACUAAGGAGUCAGCGGAAAACAAAGAAAAGGACAAAAAUAAGGCAAAAUUGCCCACAAGUCCUGAAAGAUUAACGCCCGAGAGACAGCCUGAAAUGAAACCGGAACAAACUGCGAAGAAGUAUUCUGGUGGUACACCUGAACGGCCAUGGAGAAGUUCUGUUUCAGAUGAAUCUUCAGUAGAAAAACCUGAACAGAAUAAAAGACCGAUUUCAAAGUAUGUUAAACUCAUAUUGUUGUUUACAAAAACUGCUUUGUUAGGAUUUUUUCUACAGGCUCCACCGAAGAUAGAACCACAACAGCGUAAGUUACAGCGCGCGUUGGUCCUGCCGAUGCGACGCUGCAUUGACAAUCAGAAGAUUGUCAUCCAAGUGCCCAGAGACGUGCAGACUGACACAAACACUAAUAUCACUACUGAUUUGGAAAACAAUGGAGAGAAUAAAAACAAGUCAUCAAAUAAUAUAGUGAAUAGAGAAGAUAAGGAAAUAAUAUCGCCAGUUCAUAUAACUAAAGUAAUUAAUAACACGGACUAUGUCCCGGAUAGGACUGCCAGUAAGCGAGACGACACACUCAUCAUUGAAACAAAGAAUAAACAGAAGUCGAAUUCAAAAAAACAUAGAAAUACUCAAUUUAUUGUAACAAUGGAUGGCUUCCAGCCCAACACAUUCCUUGCAAAGAAGCUCAUGAUGGAGGGAUUACUAGAUGAAAAUGAUGAGCUUGCAAAAACAGCACUGCCUAAACCGGCAAAAAGUGUGUUGAUCACCAAGGAAACUGAAGAGGCCAAAGAAAAAGAAAACAAUGAAACAGUUCAAGAAUAUGAAAACAAAGAAGAUGAAAUAAUGCAACAAGAGUCACCAGCAACAGAAAAUUUAACAAGAAAACUAAGUGAUUCAAGUGAAAUAUCCAAGAUCGAACCAAGUGAUGUAGAAAUUAAAGCAUUAAGUGAUACAAGUGAUAAAUGUGAUAAUCAAAAGAAAAGAUUAAGUGACGCAAGUGAGGAAAGUUACACACAAGUUAUAAUAAAAACAGAACCCCAAGAGACGGGAGAGAAAAGAAAGAGUGUCGAUGGAAGUGUUAGUGAUGAGAAUUCUGAAAAAAUGUUGACACCACCUAUUAAGAAAAGAAAAGCUUCGCCUAUCGUUUUUAAUAUAGAUAAGAAAGAGAAAGAAACAGAAAGGGCGAGAGAGCGGACGCAGAGUGCGAGCAGUGAUGGCCAUGUGACCAUCACCACCUCCGCUAAUUCUCAUAAGUUUGAUUCUGUACCACCCUUGAGUGUAGCGGAACGUAAGUUAGUAUGGUGCCGUGCGUUUCCGUUGUGUCGCUACGGGUCUGCGUGCGCGUUCGCUCACCCGCGCUGCAAGUUCGCUGCGGGCUGCACGCGCCGCGCCUGCGUCUACUCGCACUCCCCGCACUCCCCGCCCGCCUCGCCGCCUGCUAUCGCAUCUCACGUAGUACCCGCAGCGAACUAUAAAACAAUAUCAUCAGUGGGUGCGAUCAGUAUUUGUAAAUACUACCCUAAUUGUGUGAACCCCGGCUGCCACUUCUACCACCCGAAGCCGUGCCGCUACGGCAAGGCGUGCGGCAACAAGCUGGAGUGUAACUUCUACCACAACGACGCGCCCGCCGCCAAAUGGAAAUAUGCGUAGUACGAAGUAUUAAAAUGUACACAUUAAAGUGGAAUUAUAAAUGUUUUUUAAUUUAU